AUGGCAUUCAUCUACAGCUGCUUCCCUAGCCUCCUGCUCAAAUCAUACCAACCAGCAGUCAAAAUGCCCACCACCACAGAGACCAAACCUUCCACAACAAUCAGACCCUCCACCAUAAUCAAACCCACCACUAUCAUCAAACCCAUAACUACCAUCAUCAUACCUACCACCACAAUCAUCAACCCCUUAUCCCAACACCCCCCUUCCUCUCCACAAAAAUCUCUCUCUCUCAACAGCAACUACUCAACAGCCAUAUCCCUCUCCUCAUCCUUAAUCCCGCACACCAGCGACACCGCAACGCACCACAUCAACUCAUACUGGGACCCGACGCCCACGCGCCCCAUGCGCAUCCCAUACGCCCGCUCUUCCACCUCCUGCCUCUUCUCCUGCUGCUCCUUGUCCUCUAAAAACACACUGCCUUACCUGCCACACCCACUCAAGGCACCGGUGCACCACCGGAAAGAUAACGUGCGGGAUUACUGUGCGGAGGGGGCGAGGGGGUGGGAUGAGUUGAGGAGGCAGAGGGUGGAAGAUGGGGAGAAGGAGGUGGGGAGGGUGGAUUGGACGUGGGUGGGUAAGGGUGGGAGGGGGCAGGAGAGUGAUGGAGAGGAGGGGGAGGGCGAUGGGGAGGAAGAGGGGGAGGAGAAAGAGGAGGAAGAGAAGAAAGAAGAAGAAGAGGAUAACAAUAAGGAUAAGGAAGAAGACGAGAUGAUUAAGAUGAUAGAUGAAUACUUAGAGUCAAGAGUUUUCUUCAAAUAG